AUGCCUUUCGGCCUGAAGAACGCAGGGGCAACUUACCAACGGCUCGUCAACUGGAUUUUUGCUAAAUACAUUGGCGGAAUCAUGGAGGUAUAUGUCGACGACAUGUUGGUAAAAAGCCGAACGGCAGGGAAUCACCUGGAAAACUUGGCCCUCAUGUUCGGUAUUCUAAAGGACUACCGAAUGCGGCUAAACCCGGCGAAGUGCGCCUUCGGUGUAUCUUCCGGUAAAUUUCUCGGGUUCAUGAUCAGUCAAAGGGGAAUCGAGGCCAAUCCCGAGAAAAUAAAAGCCAUAAUCGACAUGGAGACGCCGAAGACGCAGAAGGACAUUCAGAGCCUUACCGGACGUGUCGCUGCCCUGACACGCUUCAUCUCCAAGGCUACCGAUAAAUGCGUGCCGUUCUUCAAAGCUUUGAAAGGGGGCAAACAUCAUAUAACGUGGACUCCCGAAUGCGACCAGGCAUUUCAAAACUUGAAGAACUACAUGAGCCAGGCACCACUGUUAUCGAAACCGCUGCCAGGCGAGGUACUACUCCUGUACCUUUCGGUAUCCAACACUGCCGUCAGCUCAGUAUUGAUAAGGAAGCCAGAGAAGGCGGAGCUACCGAUAUUUUAUGUCAGCAAGGCGCUCCAGAGCGCAGAGCUUCGGUACCCACCCUUGGAGCAACUAGCAUUGGCCCUGGUCGUCUCGGCACGAAGACUUCGCCCUUACUUCCAGGCUCACGAAAUCACAGUUCUAACGAACCAGCCUCUUCGGCAGGUGCUCCAAAAGCCGGAGACAUCGGGCCGAUUGGUCAAAUGGGCAAUCGAGUUGGGAGAGUUUGACGUACAGUUCAAGCCAAGGCCUGCAGAAAAAGGCCAGGCCGUUGCCGACUUCAUCUCCGAGCUCACGCCGCUUGCUUUAUCGGAACCAUCGUCGCCGAGCGUCGUCCCUACCGCACCAGAGAAAAUGAAUACCGAACGUUUCGACACUUCUGUUCCUCUCUAG